UUUCUCAUCGACGACAACUUUUGUUUUCGUAUUUGGUGUUACGUCGUCGUCGCAGAGUUUUAUUCAAUGCAACGAGGAAAGAAGAUAAAGAUAACUCAUAUGGGCCCAGGUGGUAAAAUACAUAGAGAACAAGGCAAACAUCCCGAUGCACUAGAAACCUCGUUAGCUCAAGCACUAGUAGAUCUAUCCAACGGUUCGUCCGACCCAGACUUGCAGGAUUUGGUGUUUGUAGGUGCCAAAGAGUUUCAAGGAACAGGUGAAAACAAAGUUAUCGUAGUUCAAAUUCCUUUGAGAGUAAUCCAUCACUACCGAAAAGUACAUACCAAAUUGGUUCGAGAAUUGGAAAAAAAGUUUUCUGGUAAAGUAAUCGUGUUUGUUGCGAGACGGAAAAUCCUACCCAAAGAAAAGAAAGGGAGACAAGCUUUGGCUAGAAAAAGGCCUAUUAGCAAAACACUUACUGCAGUACAUGAGAAAAUAUUGGAGGAUAUAUUACACCCAGUGGAGAUUGUGGGAAAGAGAAUCAGGUUUCGUCAAGAUGGUUCUAGAGUUGCCAUAGUAUUGUUGGAUCCGAGAGAACAACACAAUGUGGAACACAAGUUGGAUGCAUUGAAACUGGCAUAUAAAAAGUUGACUGGAAAGGAUGCGAUAUUUCAAUUUCCAGUGACAGCUUAAAUAAAAAAUAUUUUGGAUAUCCUUAUAAC